AUGAACAUAUGGAAGGACAACAAUGCCGCAUGGCCUGUAGCUAACCCAGUUAUCACUUGUGCCUCCGUUUCUGAUGCCGGGUUCCCUACUAAUUUUGUUGCUGACCCUUUUCUUUACAUGCAGGGCGAUGUCCUUUACAUGUUUUAUGAAGCGAAAAAUUCAAUUACGGAGCAAGGAGAUAUUGGAGUAGCACAGAGUAUAGACAACGGCGCCACAUGGAAGCAGUUGGGCAUAGCACUCGAUGAGGAUUGGCAUCUGUCCUAUCCAUUUGUCUUUGACUACAAUGGAAAUAUAUAUAUGAUGCCCGAGGGCAGUGAAAAAGGUGACCUCCGCCUCUAUCGCGCGAUUGACUUCCCUUCGAAAUGGACGCUUGACCGGAUUAUUCUAAAAAAGCCCCUUAUCGACUCCGUUAUAUUUCAUCACGAGGGUCUGUUCUAUCUUUUCGGCUGGCAUCACAAAGGAAUUGUCUCUACAAAAAACGGACACCUCGAGAUAUGGCACAGCACCACACCCCUCGGCCCCUGGAAACCUCAUAAUCAAAACCCUGUACACAACACUGACAAGUCAAUGGGGACCCGCAAUGGGGGCCGGCCUUUUGUGUAUAACGGGAAUAAUUAUCGUGUAGGUCAAGACCGUGGCAACACCUAUGGGGAAAGGACACGUGUCUUUAAGGUAGAGAUACUAACCCCCAACGAUUAUAAAGAAGUCGAGGUGGAACUACGUUUAGAAAAGCCGAGUAAGGGAAUAAACGCUUGGAACGGGGCCCGCCGCCAUCACAUGGACGUGCAGAAACUGAGCUCCGGACAAUGGAUUGCCGUUGUGGACGGUGACCGGGUACGCUCGGGAGAUUCGUCUCGUAGAUUUGUUCUCGGGUGUGUUUCGGUUAUUUUCGUUGCCACAUUAGUAACACUCGGUGGGAUUCUCAUUGGGGCCGUAAAAUGCACAAUACCGUUGAGUUACAACAACAUGGAGAAAAGAAAAAGAGCAAAUUGUUGGUCUAAGUUGAGGCUCGUUUGUAGCCGUUUGAACCGAGCAAGCGCAUUCUUGUAUGCUAGAAUUCGAGUGGGAACUUGUGUGGGCACAAUGGUGGUAGGCAUAAUUAUUGUAACGGUUGUGAUAGUGACGUGCUAUGGGGUGGAGUAUUUAUACGGUGGGAGUGGUGCGCAUGAGCCAUACUUUCUAAGCGGCCACUACUCACAGUUCACCCUUUUAACUAUGACUUACGACGCUCGUCUAUGGAACUUAAAGAUGUACGUGAAGCACUACUCGAGGUGCUCGUCUGUGAGGGAGAUUGUGGUGGUGUGGAACAGAGGAUCUCCGCCCAACGCGAGCGAUUUCGACUCGGCGGUUCCGGUGAGGGUGAGAGCAGCAUUCGCAAGGUAUUGGGGGGAGGAGGCGGGCAGAGGGCGGGCAGUGGUGGAUGGGUACGUGAAUUGCGAGGAUCUGCUGAUGAAUUAUUUGUGGGGUGGUGGGGUGGAGUAUGUGAGGCCCACGUGGGUGGUCGACAUGUCGAAAUUCUCGGGUGUGGCGAUUAGUAGGAACACGAAGGCACACUAUGGGGUGAGGAGCAGGUGUCUCAGGGAGUUUUCAGAUAUGUAUGGGAGCUUGAAUCGCACUAAAAUGGAGUUUGGCAGCAGGAAAGAUGGUUGGGAUGAGAUCGCGGACGUGCGCGGUCGCGUACUACUGGUGAUCGCAGACGUGCACGGUCGCGUCCUACCGGCGAAACAGGACGUGCACGGGCACGUCCUACCGGGGAAACCAGAACUGGCCGGAUGA